AACAUGUCGGCGGAUACCAAGAUCGCUGAGCUGCUCACCGAACUCCACCAGCUCAUCAAACACACACAGGAAGAGCGGUCGCGGAGUGAACACAACUUGCUCAAUAUCCACAAAACUCACGAGAGGAUGCAGACAGAGAACAAAACGUCGCCGUACUACCGCACCAAGCUGAGAGGACUGUACACCACUGCAAAGGCCGACGCUGAAGCAGAAUGCGGGAUCCUCCGUCGCGCUUUGGACAAAAUCGCUGAGAUCAAGUCCUUAUUGGAGGAGCGAAGAAUCGCCGCAAAGAUGGCAGGAGUUUACAGCGACAGCGACCCGCCCAGGAAGACCAUGCGUCGCGGCGUCCUCAUGACGCUUCUCCAACAGUCGGCCAUGACGCUUCCGCUGUGGAUCGGCAAGCCAGGCGAGAGCCCACCGCCUCUGUGCGGGGCCACACCUGCAAGCGGCGACUACGUGGCAAAGCAGGGGGACAAGGUGGCGGCCAGGGUGAAGGCAGUGGAUGGGGACGAGCAGUGGAUCUUGGCUGAGGUGGUCAGCUACAGCCAUGCAACUAACAAGUACGAGGUGGACGACAUCGACGAAGAGGGCAAGGAGCGCCAUACGCUGAGCAGACGUCGUAUAAUCCCGCUACCGCAGUGGAAGGCCAACCCUGAGACGGAUCCCGAGGCACUCUUUGGAAAAGACCAGCUGGUGCUCGCCCUCUACCCGCAAACCACAUGUUUCUACCGCGCUCUUAUACACGCUCCACCGCAUAGGCCCCAGGACGACUACUCGGUGCUGUUCGAGGAUACCUCAUACGCCGACGGCUACUCGCCGCCGCUCAAUGUGGCGCAACGAUACGUCGUCGCCUGCAAAGAGAACAAAAAGAAGUAA